AUGGAUUCAACAGAUGCUGUAAUAUGUGAGGAAGUCCUUGACCUUCUUAAGAAGACUUAUGAGAUGGUGUGUGGGAAACCAACCUCUUCUCUCGUUGUCCCGUUCGAGGUCCUGCAUUUGAUAUCCGAUGAAGCAUGGCACUGUGUUGUCGAGUCCAUCAAAGAUGAAGUUGGCUCGAGCGUUAUCGCCUCACUCACAGCAGGCAGUGGUGGAUUGGCUCUAAGCCGUCGGCUAGGCAUACUGCGAGAACUCCUUUGCUUGGUACAAUGUCAUAGACUCAUCGAGGGCAGAGCAAAGAGGACCGGCGAGCUUGGCCCCCCAGGAGUGGUUCGAUCUUUGCGUUUACCCGAUGGAUCGAAGUCGGCAUCAUCCUUUACUGAGUCCAUGGAUGUCGGCACCAUCAGCCGUCAUGACCAUCUAGCCCCAGCUACUCUUGAUUUGCGUGAUGCCCUAUAUUCGGAAUACGCUGUCAGAAUAGACGAUAUGCUCCGACGCUUCGCCAUUAGUGUGAAUGCGAUGACGCAAUCAAAGAAGUUCAGAGCUCUGCCUAGUGAAGAGAGAUUGAGAAUUCUCACUACCUGCUCUGGGUUAUCAUUCCGUUGGGCGUCGAUCGAUCGGAUAUACCCGUAUGAAGGUAUUGGUUAUACCAAAGCGACUCUCCAUAAGAUAGCCUCUAGAAAAGCUGAUAGACCCGAGAUGCCGAUGAUUGUUAAGCGAGCCAGUGUGGGGAAAGUUCCUAAUAGGGGAGGUAGUCUGGACUGUUAUUCAAAGUCGGCUUUUGAUGCGAGCAUUCGGCAAGCCAAUCUCGACCUUAUACGCAAGUACGAGAAGGGGGGUGCUCGGAAAGGCAAAGGAAAAGGGAAAGGAAAAGGACACGGCAAGGGGUCUAAAGGGAAGGGCAAAGGAGACGAUAGCCACAGCAAUGAUAACGACAAUAGGGGUAAAGGAGGUUGGGGUAAGGGGAAGGGAAAAGGAAAAGGCUUCGGGAAAGGUUUUGGAAAAGGCGGGAAGGGCCGUGAUUAUUACUAA